CUACAUUCCUGAUUGCGUAAGAAACACGGAAGUGGGUCAGUUGUGUUGACAUAAUGCUCGGAGAUCUCUUAAUUUUCGGGACUUUAUUGGUGAACGCGGGGGCUGUGCUGAAUUUCAAACUGAAAAGGAAAGAGUCGCAGGGUUUUGGAGAUGAGUCCGGAGCUCCAACAACAGGUGACAACAUCCGAGAGUUCCUGCUCAGCCUGCGAUACUUCAGGAUCUUCAUUGCUCUGUGGAACGUCUUCAUCAUGUUCUGCAUGGUCUUAUUGUUUGGAUCAUGAUCAGUGUUUGGAGCGACCGGACCUCCAUCAGAAAGUGAACUAUUCAACACAAACGCUACAAACGUCUCCCUGAUGUCUGCUGCUUUUCUUUUUGUUCCUUUUGAUUGCAAUAUUGCUCCAUUUUCUUUACAACCCUGGAAUUGUAAAUUUUCUUCAGACCAAACUGGAGACAAUAAAUUUUUUUCUUUUUUUAGAAGUCGUGACAUUUUUACAGUUUUGUUUUAGCUGUAACCGUCUCAUCUUUGGUGGUCGUCUACUUCUUUUAGUGCGCGAGUUGUUUAUCUUGAACGUGUCAGAAAUGUUCUUUUGUUUCUUGUUCACAGCUGUCCGGAUGUCACUGUAGUUUUGUAACCACCUUGUUUAUGGAUAAACACUCAGUUUUUGUCCAUCAGAUAUAAUUUGUUGGGCUGUUUUGGAAGUAAAAAAAAAAAUUAUUUAUUUCCAACUGUAAGUAAAUAUAUGUACAUCUCACUGUAAGGAUGUUCUUACUCUAAAUAAAGAAUACAUUUUUUUCCUAUUGAA